GCCUCGUCUCGAUCUGACGCCGUCACCGCCGCGUCCUGCCCUCGUGACGUCAUCGCCUUCUGCCCGCUUCCAAGAUGGCGGCGGCGGCGGCGGGCAGCCUGCGGCGGGCGGGCUGGCGGCUGUGGCGGGGCCGCGCGGCGCUCAGGUACCAGCUCUCCAUACCACAGCGUGCUCUCCAGGCCUCGGCUGUGCUGAGGAGAGUCUCUGACGAGCAGCACAAGGAGCCGCUGGCAUCUUCCUCUCAGCAGCAGUUUGAUUCACAUCCAACUGAUCAGCAGCCCGAACAGGAAUCUCAGGGCCCUCGCCCCAGUUAUACUGGCCAGGGCGGCCAGGAGUCUGAGGACUAUGAGAGCGAGGAGCAGCUGCAGCAUCGAAUCCUCACAGCAGCGCUGGAGUUUGUGCCUGAACAUGGCUGGACUGCAGAAGCCAUUGCAGAGGGAGCCAAGACCCUGGGUCUCUCUGCUGCUUCCGCAGGGAUGUUUCAGAAUGAUGGCAGUGAACUGAUUCUGCACUUUGUGUCUCAGUGCAACACCAAGCUGACUGAGCUGCUGGAGCAGGAACAAAAACAAGUGCAGCUGGGUGAAGCAGAGAAGAAGCCUCUAGAUCAAUUCCUGAGAGAUGCUGUGCAAGCCAGACUGAGGAUGCUGAUUCCAUAUAUUGAGAAAUGGCCCCAGGCUCUGAGCAUUCUCUUGCUCCCGCAUAACAUCCCUGCCAGCCUCAACCUCCUCACCAGCAUGAUUGAUGAUAUAUGGCACUAUGCUGGAGACCAGUCUACAGAUUUUAACUGGUACACUCGCCGUGCUGUGCUCACUGGCGUCUACAACACCACUGAACUGGUGAUGAUGCAGGAUUCAUCCCCUGACUUUGAGGACACUUGGCGCUUCCUAGAAAACAGAGUAGCUGACGCCAUGAACAUGGGCAAUACAGCUAAUCAGGUACAGUCAACCGGAGAAGCACUUGUCCAGGGCCUGAUGGGAGCUGCAGUUACUAUCAAGAACCUGACGGGGCUGAACCAGAGCCGGUGAGGACGGAGCCGACGGCGCGGGAGUGAGAACGGGCCGCGCCUGACCCUUCCCCGGCACCAAUAAAGCCGCACCCUAGCCUG